GAUGGUGCCGUUAAAUUGAAAUCGAUGUUUAAUAUGUAAAUAAUAAAAGUUUUAAGCAAUUAGUCAUAUUUGUUUUUAGUUGAAAAUGGAUUGGGUUCAUUGCAAUACUUGUUUCGCUCAAUUGAAAUCAGAAAUAACACUCCAAUUAACAACAUGUGGUCAUAUGUUUUGUAACAAUUGUUUGAACAAUGCUGCGAAAGAAGGCAUUUGCUUGGUUUGCAAAAAGCCAUGCUCUAUUAUGAAACUGGUCCCUGACAUGACUCAAGAAGUGCAAGAUUAUUUUACAGACCCGACCGACUUACUGAAAAAGUGCUGCGAAGUUUUCGAAUUCCAAAAAAAACAUAGACGUCGGUUAAUAUCGUAUUUGUUGUUGUCGAUUAAAAAAUUCUAUGCUGCGAGAACGGAACUCAAACGUAUGACGGAGCUGUGCCAGACCCAACACAAGCAGCUGAAGGAGUAUCAGAAGAUCAAUAAAAGUUUGAAAGCCCAACUCUUGGCGCAAAGGCAAACAUCACCAUUCAACGUGCCUAUCUCUCCGGGUAGCAACAUCUCUCCUGGGUACCUUCAGAGCACGCCCACCUACAAGCGGCCAGCGAAGAGUACCCCAUACAGCCAACCGUAUCAGUCGGCUCUCGUGACCCCAACUCGCAUAAGCAUGACCCGCGGCUCUGUCAACACGAACGCCCAUAGUCAGAAGUCUAACAACUCGAACAAGAUCUCGUCGACAGUGUUCACGCCGCCAACGCCGCCGUCGGCCGGAUUUUUCUCAAGUCAGUCGAGCACUGAGUCGGGCUACGCAACAAAUGGCUCGUCGAAGAGAUCACCGUCUAUCGUGUAUUGCAAUGGUUUUAGCAAGAAAUGUUCUUUUAAACAAAACAACACAUGAAGGUUGAAUUUUUUAGUUCUAGUUAUUUUUUUUUUAAUUAUAGGCAACAAUUUUUUUUAAAUAAUAUCUUAUCAAUACGUGUUAGUACAUAAUAAGUGUUUUGCAUGUCUUUGUAAUAUGGCUUUGUAUGAAGGCAGUGUGAUGUUUUUCGUAAAAUAUAUGUUAAAUUCUCUCAAUUUGAAUGGUUUGUAGAAUUACAGUGGAACUCCGGUAAUCCGACCACGUUUCGCAGGGCAGUGUCAAACUAUCUAAUUUGUCGGAUUAAAGAGUACAACUGCCUAACUGCCUUGUAAUCCGGAUAUUUACUAACCAACAAAUUACAGAUCCAACGAUAAGAUUAUAAUAUGUGUUAUACUUCAAAAUAAACUUAUAUCUACUGAAGUUCAAAUCGUACUUCAUUAUGUAUGUCAAAAGUAAAAAACCUGCGUUUUAUUAUAAAAUUAACGUCAUUAAUGCUAUAGAACUUACAAAAAAUAUUAACUUUACAUUAGACUGUCUAUUAUAAUAAUAAUUAAAAUAUUAAAAAAAUAAUAGUCAUAUCAGAUAAUAGGGAAUGCCGGAUUAGACAGGUCCGGAUUAAUGGAGUCCACUGUAAUAUUUUUAUUUUUUCAUUUUAUUGUUAGCUAUUAAGAGUCUGUCCUCUCG